AGAUCCUCCUUCCUCCGCCUCCUGAAUUAUGGGAUCAAAGGUGUGCAUCACUACUCCUGGAGUUCUGUUCUUUCUUAUAGUUUAACAUUUCUGUCUUUUGGGAGAAGUGAUUUAUGGGUUUAAAGAAAAAUGAAGGAAUUCCUCACCAUAGUUCUUAUUUUGUAUUUGCCACACUUAUUUUUGGGAGACUUCUUAGUAACUGGUCAUGAAGAAUUCUCUGUUUUCUUCACAGCUAGUAUUUAUUAUUUAAAAAAGCAAACAGAUAAAUAAAUAAAACUUUAAAGGAUGUAAUUUUCUUUUAACUUUCCUCCUCACAAAUAGUAUUCAGUAUCUGUGUAAACACUCUUAAAGGCCAGGUGUGUGAUCAUAAGUCCACAUCAGGCACUUGCGUUAUCUUUUCUCUAAAGGAAUAGCUAGUCAAUGUUCUGGAUUCUUUAAAUUGAGAAGUGAAAUGGGUAUUAUGUACAUGCUUAUAGAACGAGGGAAAACAAGUCUCAGCACGUAGGUAAUUAGCAAAGUGUUAAGUAAGACUUUGUGAUCUAAGCCUUGAGAAGAAUUCUUUUGAAGAAGUAAUAUUUUUUAGGAUCCCCUGUUAGUGUCCUUACGAUCAGAUCCUUUGCAGACAUUUUGUAAAACCUAUUCUUAGUAGUUCUGUGAAUAGGUAAGGACCUGAGUUUGGAUCUCUAAAGUUCACACAGGGCUGGUUGGACUUGGUAUAUAUACCAGUCCUUCUUCAGUGAAAUGGGAGUGGAGACUGGAAUCCCAGGGAGUUCAAAGACUAGACACCUGGUCUCAAACAAGAUUGAACACAAGGACCAACACUCAAGGUUGUCUUUUAACUUCCACACAUGCCUCUACACAUGUAUACAGGAACAUAUAAGCAUACACAUUAAAAAACAAACAAAAAACCCAAACAAUGCUGGACAGCUAGCUCAGCAGAUAAGAAUACUUUUUGCUUUUGCAGAGGACCUGGGUUCAGACCUGUGCACAUGGGGGCCCGUAGCCAUCCCAGUUCCAUAGGAUUCUAUACCCUUUUCUCAACCCUAUUUGCUGCAUAUACAUACAUGCAUGCAUACAUACAUAAUACAUACAUACAUACAUACAGGCAGGCAAAAAUAUACAUAUACAAAUCUGUACAACAACAGAACCUAAACUAUUCUUAGCUUGUGAGCCAUAUAAAAGCAGGCAUUGUGCCAGGGCUUCAUCAAAGAUGAUAGUUCACCAGUCCUGUGUUUGUCACUGUUCUACUGGUUCACAGGAACUCUGGAGGUGCUCUGAAUUAUAGUAAUUGCCAGUCUUUGUUCAAGGCACUGAGAAAACAAUGAAACAAUAAAUCACUGCAUUUACUAGCAAGUAUUAAGUACCAAGUAGAGAAAGAAAAAGCAUAGGAGGGAAUUAUAUAUACCUGUAUUAUUUUCUAAACAGGGGUUUUGUGGUUAUGUACUUUGUGACAGAUUAAUGUAUUUUAAUGUAUUCAUUUGGCUUCUUAAAAUAGUACAGAAUAAACUAAAUUGUUGUCCUUUUAGAUUUCUGUUAACUGAUGUCCAGAGGACAUUCGCUUAGUUAGAAGUAUGGACACAGGUUACUGGGCUCUGCAGCCUUGACUAUAAAAUCAUGAUGCUAUAUUGCUUCUUGUUUAAUAAAAACUUUCUUAAUUUUACAUUUAUUGAUGGGUGUGUGCAUAUGUUAGUGAUUCUGGUUAUCAAACCCAAGACCUUUUAUAUGUCAGGUAAAUGCUGUAUUGUUGAGUUACAUCCUCAGCCUUAGGAUGAGUUUUGUACAUAGUUUUAAAUUAUCUCUGUUCUCUUUUAACAUAGUAGCUGUAGUAUAGAUACUUAAUAAUCCCUUUGUUCUUUUAAUGUGGCCUAAUGAGGAAAACAAAAUUUUCUUUUUAGAUUUAUUUAUUUAUUUAUUGUGUAUGCAGUAUUCUGCCAGCAAGAAUGCCUACAAGUCAGAAGAGCAUAUCAGAUUGCAUCAUAGAUGGUUGUGAGCCACCAUUUGGUUGCUGGGAAUUGAACUCAGGACCUCUGGAAGAGCAGACAGUGCUCUUAGCCUUUGAGCCAUCUCUCCAGCCUGAAAGAUAAAUUUUGUAUGUGGUAUUUUUUUUUUUUUUGCUGUUCGAUUCAAGAGUUAUUCAGGUGCAUACUUUGUUUUAAUUAUGAGAAACAAAAGAUAAAUCAGAAACAAUUAUUGCCCUCAAAGGGAAUAGUUUCUGGAAGCAGUUUAUAAAUUAUAAAUAUGGCUGUUGGCUUAGUUUUGCUCUUUCAUGUAUUAGGAGUGAUCAUUUGCACUUGAGGUGAGCGGGGUAGUACACCAAGAUGGAGCUAGGGCUGUCCAUUCUGAGUGGAAAGCUGGCGCAAGAAUACAGCAGAUAGGAUGUCGACAGGUAGAUUAUGAUUCUGGAGAGUAAGACUGCACUUCCAAAAGAAGGAAGAGCUGGGGAAGCAAGGUCUAAUCGAGGAGAAAACGCCAGCUGUGUUUGGAGCUAAAGUAGUCUUCUGACUAGUUUGUGUGUGAUCUUAGGCAUCAGAUGAAGGUAGACAGUAGGGAGCCACUGAAGUUGCAUUGGGUGGAUUAAUCCAGUAGCAUAGUUGGUAAUGAAUAAUGAGAUGAUUUUUCAUUGCUGUAUCUUUUAUUUUCUGUAAAAUUAAAAUAAAUGUAAACUUAAUUUAGCUGUCAAAUAACAGUAAGAAUCUUCACUGAUGAAUAUGGAAGCAGGAACAUGCUUAUGUUCUCAUACUGCACCUUUUUUGUUUUUUCAACAGGGUUUCUCUGUGUAGGCUGACUGUCUUGGAACUUGAUCUGUAGACCAGACUGGCCUUGAACUCAAGAGAUCUGACUCUGCCUCCCUGCCUCCCUGCCUCUGCUGAGAUUAUCUUGUCAAUUUAAAAGUCUAUGGUCUAUGGCUUAGGCAGGAAAUAGGGGUGGGACAUUGGGAGGAGAAAGAAUUCUGGGAGAGAAGGAGGCAGGGAGAGGAACCUGAAAUGAUGGGAGGAGGUGGACGCAUGGUACCUGAGCACAGGUGACCAGCCACGUGGAAAAAUGUAGGUUAUAUGGGUUGUCUUUGAUUUAAUCAGAGUAGAGCCUAGCUAGAUGGCCAAGGUAUUUGUAAAUAUAAAUUGAGCCUAAGUCUUAUUUCUGGGAGCGUGGGGCUGAGAGGCAAAAAACAGACCUAACUUAAACAUCUGCCUUUGUGUGUACCACUGCAUAUCUAAUACUGUACCAAUUUAUAAAACUAAUUAAAUUCACCUUUGUUGACUUGUGGUUUAAAGUUCUGUAUUCAGGCUCUUUUGCAGAUAGAUUAAUAUUACAAAAACACAUUUCUGAAUGAUACUACUCAAAAAGCCUUUUAGGCUUUUGUGUGUGUUUGUGGGGGGGUGUCUGCAGACUUAAUAUCCCAGUAAUAUAGGCCUAGUGAGAAUUUAGGCCCUUUCUCAAUUACCUCCCCAUGCAUUCCCUACUCUAUACAUACUAUUCUUUAGCUUUCUCUUGAUGUUACAUUUCUUUGUAGUUGAUGUGACCUUCGCAGAGAAGGGUGUGUACUAAAGUGCUGAGAACUUGGGCUACUAGGUCAUAUUUGGCAGAGCUGAGAUGAGAGGUACUUAAACUUGCUGUGUGCCAGGUAUUGUGGCAGAUCAUGGAGCUCAGAUACCAAUUGACACAUAAGUGGUCUCUGCUCCUUGUAGACGUAGUCUGCAGAAUAUUUUAAUCAUUAGUAAUUAAUGCACUGCUGUAAUUGCAAACUGGGUGAGUCCUGUUGGGAAAUACUCUGGGGUACUCUGAGCAAGUAUAAUGAGGAGAAGGGGUGAAGCUGAUUUAGAGAGGCAUGUGGGGAACAUCUUUUGGAAGUGAAUUUAAAAUGAGGAUUGAAAUGGGAGAGCAUGUAGACAAGGUGCCUUAUCUGUUCCUGUUCUAUCUUCCAAAUAAUUAACACAAAGACCUGUUAAGUUUAUUAACAAACUGUAAGCCUAGGCUGGGCAGCAGGUUCUGAGCUAUUCUAACCCUUUAAAGCUGUUAAUAUCAGAAAAAUGCCCAGUUACUUGCCAAUCUGGUCUUGCCUUGGCUUUCUCUGAUCCAUUUGUCCCCUGCUGUGUCCUGAUAUAUGGAAACCUCCUGGUCUCUCCAUGUGGUCCUUCUCUCACUGGGAUCCCUGGUUGGGAUUAGAAGAAGUCCAGCCUUUCUAAUUCCACUGCCUUUGACCAAUCAGAAGAAGAUGGAUAUCCUAGGUUUUGGGCUAAUAUCCACUUAUCAGUGAGUACAUAUUGUGUGAGUUCCUUUGUGAAUGUGUUACCUCACUCAGGAUGAUGCCCUCCAGGUCCAUCCAUUUGGCUAGGAAUUUCAUAAAUUCAUUCUUUUUAAUAGCUGAGUAGUACUCCAUUGUGUAGAUGUACCACAUUUUCUGUAUCCAUUCCUCUGUUGAGGGGCAUCUGGGUUCUUUCCAGCUUCUGGCUAUUAUAAAUAAGGCUGCUAUGAACAUAGUGGAGCAUGUGUCCUUCUUACCAGUUGGGGCAUCUUCUGGAUAUAUGCCCAGGAGAGGUAUUGCUGGAUCCUCCGGUAGUACUAUGUCCAAUUUUCUGAGGAACCGCCAGACUGAUUUCCAGAGUGGUUGUACAAGCCUGCAAUCCCACCAACAAUGGAGGAGUGUUCCUCUUUCUCCACAUCCACGCCAGCAUCUGCUGUCACCUGAAUUUUUGAUCUUAGCCAUUCUGACUGGUGUGAGGUGGAAUCUCAGGGUUGUUUUGAUUUGCAUUUCCCUGAUGAUUAAGGAUGUUGAACAUUUUUUCAGGUGCUUCUCUGCCAUUCGGUAUUCCUCAGGUGAGAAUUCUUUGUUCAGUUCUGAGCCCCAUUUUUUAAUGGGGUUAUUUGAUUUUCUGAAGUCCACCUUCUUGAGUUCUUUAUAUAUGUUGGAUAUUAGUCCCCUAUCUGAUUUAGGAUAGGUAAAGAUCCUUUCCCAAUCUGUUGGUGGUCUUUUUGUCUUAUUGACGGUGUCUUUUGCCUUGCAGAAACUUUGGAGUUUCAUUAGGUCCCAUUUGUCAAUUCUCGAUCUUACAGCACAAGCCAUUGCUGUUCUGUUCAGGAAUUUUUCCCCUGUGCCCAUAUCUUCAAGGCUUUUCCCCACUUUCUCCUCUAUAAGUUUCAGUGUCUCUGGUUUUAAGUGAAGUUCCUUGAUCCACUUAGAUUUGACCUUAGUACAAGGAGAUAAGUAUGGAUCGAUUCACAUUCUUCUACAUGAUAACAACCAGUUGUGCCAGCACCAAUUGUUGAAAAUGCUGUCUUUCUUCCACUGGAUGGUUUUAGCUCCCUUGUCGAAGAUCAAGUGACCAUAGGUGUGUGGGUUCAUUUCUGGGUCUUCAAUUCUAUUCCAUUGGUCUACUUGUCUGUCUCUAUACCAGAAGAUGGAGAAGAGUGUUUACAAAACAAUGACACAGGUGAUGCUUCAUAGACAUAGUAAUAUACUCAACUCUCUGCUAGUAUAGAAAUCAUGUGUGACCACACCUAGUUAGAUAAAAUAAUUUUGUUGAGAGUUUUGUUAAUAGUGUAUUCUUAGUAUGUAGAAAACUGCAUGUACCAGGCAGUCAGUGGCUCAUAGCUGAGUGAAUGAGUGGAGUAAAAGCUGAGGGGACAGGGAAAACACAGUCUGGAUAGGAAAGGCUUGGUAGUUGAAGUAGUUAGAAAAGAUGUGGAGAAGCCGUGGGUUUAAGACAGAAUUUGUAAGAAAAACUAAUAGGAUAGUUGACAGUGAUAAAGUAAUUUUGUUUAUCUGUUGUGCCCCAAGCUCAGUAUUUCCUUAAACUACCAUGUUAGUAAUUAGAUAAGAGACCUUGUUCAGUGUAGUGAAGGCUAGUGAGAAUUUAGUAAGUAUUCAGCUGCUGAAAAUAUUUGUAUAAGGUUUGGGUUUUUUCUGUUUUGUUGUUUUGUUUGUUUGAUUUUUGUCCUGGGGAGGAUUGUACUCACAGGCUCAAGCGUGUCAGGGAGUGCAUUACUGACUGAGAUAUGGUCUUAGCUCUUGAUGUAUACUGUUUUGUUUUGCAUUUUUGGAGUCAUGGUCUCAUGCUGUAGGCCAGGAAACCCCUGUGUAGUUAACAGGCUGGUCUCAGACUUGGCAGCGCUCUCCUAACCUCAGCCUCUUGGGUGUUAGGUCUCUAGCAUGAGCUCUCAUGUUGGUUUCCUUGUCUACUUAAAAAUAGGACUAUGAUGCCUGUCAAGGUGGCUCUGUGUUAAGAGUGUUUGCUGAAAAGACUGAUGACCUGAGUUCAAUUCCUUCCACCUGGUGGAAGGAGAAAAGUGACUGUUGCAAGUUGUCACAUGCAAAGGACACACACUAAAUGAAUAAACAAGUAAAAUACGUUUAAAUUUAAAUGGGGUUUGUGAGAUAGCUUGUUGAAGUACCCUGUGAUGUGGUUCCUACCUAGGCACAAAUUUUGUUCAUCCCGUUCUUCCCAGGGAGAGGCAAUGAUCAGACACUCUCUUGUAAAUACCCUAGAGUGAACAGACCUGUCCACUUUUCUUUCCCAAAGAGAAUUGCCUUGUUCAAAAAGUCUGUAGUGCUGCAUUUGAGAAUUAGAGUUAGUGGUGUUAACGUCUACACAUGUGAACCCUAAAAUAACCAUAUCCAUAUCCAUUCAAAGAGUGAUUCGAAGUGGUUGUUUUCUUUCUCUCAACUUUUGUUUUUUGAAAUUAAAAUUACACCAUUUUCUUCCCUCAGACUCCUCCCAUGCACCUUUUGUGCUCUCCCAAAUUCAUGGCCUUUCCCUUUAAUGUUUUUUUCAUUUGUUUUAGACAAUUUUUGGUCUAUAACUGACCUACUUCCAUGUACAUGCACAUAAGUCUAGCUGAAAAACAUCCUUUCAAAAUAGCUAUUUUGGAAAGGGCAUACAGUGUUUUAAUUUUGCCUGUUAUUACAGUUGCCUUUGAGAUAGUGCAAAGUUUUAAGUUUUAAGUCUACUCACUGGUACUAGGAGUUGAUUGUGGCUUCUGAAUACACUGUGUAGUGUAAUGUGAUUGGGCAUUAAUUAAAUAAGUAUCAACUAUAAAGUAAGAUUUUAUAAAAUUGUAGCUGACUUUAAAGUAGUUUAAAAGUACUACUUUUACAACAUCUCAGCAAAUAUUGGGAAUAUGUACACAUGUACACAUUUUCAGGUAAUUUAUCAGAUGUCAAAUUUUAAAAGAGUAUAUAGUAUUAGGAAAACAAAAUGAUAAUAUUAGAAGUUACUUUAGCACAACUUUGGGAGAACAGUGUAAUACAUUGAAUUUGAAAUGUUUGCACUGUUUAACUGAAAUCCGUUAUCACUAGUCAUUUGUUUAUAGAAUUAGUUUAAGCUAUCAGGGAAAGAUAUAUAAACAGUACUACUUCUUGAAGCUCGGAUGUUAGUGGAAGUAGAAAUAAUUCAAUAGAGCAUAAUAUGUUGUUUUAACACACCAGAAAUGAGAGCUAUGUGUAUGAUGACUUCUUUUUUUAAAAAGGAGAUGUAAAAUACAUGUAUGGCAUAAGAUGAAAAUUUAUGUAUCUAAGUCACAUGUAUCAGGAAAACCUGGGAAAGUAAAUACUAAAUGUAACAGGAAUAGGACAGUUUCUUAUGUUUUAGACUUAUCUGGUUGUUUUAUGCUGAGUAUCUUUCAAAAACAGUAACCAAAUCUAUUUUAAAGCCAGACAUUAUUAUCGAAUCACUUUAUAGCUGUCUUUUUCCUUUUUAAAAAAAUUAUUUUUAGUUAAGUGUAUGUGUGUGGGUUUGUGCCUGUGAGUGCAGGUGUGCACAGAGGUCAGAGGCAGUGGAGCUCUUGGGGCUGGAGUUUAGGUGGUUGUGAAGUCUAUGUGCCAAGCUCCUCAUUAGCCUCAUACAACUAUGUUUUUUAUUGCUUUAAGCUGACUUUUGUCGUACAAACCAGAGUUAUUUAUAUUUUUGAUUAGCCAACGAUUCCUAGGACUUGUGAUUUCUUGCUCAGUUAUUUUUUCAUGCCUUCAAGAUGACAAUCAGUUGAUGUUUUUUAGUCUGUUAGCCUUGACUGCACACUUCAUCCUGUAGGUGGUGCUCGUGGUUUUUGGUGUUCUUUUGUGCUACUUCUAUCUCAACAUUUUCCUAAUCUGGGAAAUCAUUUAAUACCCACUGUUGUUAAUAGAAUGCUUAUCUUUUAUGUAACUCUUGAAAAAUCAGUAUUUACUAUUUAAAGAAAUAUUUGUAGCAGAAAAUAAUCUGUAUUAAAUUUUUUUUUGUAGAGUUUAUUUUGCAUUUUACUUGUCUACUUAACUACUUAGUGUAAUAUUGGAAAUUUUUAUUUUAAUUCUGAAUUUUACUAGCCAACUCCUCAAAAUUCCCCAAGUCUAGCAGAACUAAAUUAUCACAAUGAGUUCUUUUUUAAGUCCUCCCUUCCCUUCUCUUUGUGUGUGACUCUCACUCUUCUCUCUCCCUUUUUUCUCAUCUGUCAAGUUCAAGAGCAGCUCAGAUGCCAUGAAUUAAGUGAAGCACAAAAGAGAGAAAGGAGACCCUUUUGAAGAACAAAGGCCUCCCAUUAGGCUGCCAUGUUCUUUUCUGACCAAAAGUGCACCCUGCAUGGUUCCUAUUGUUGUCCACAUGCCCUGCACAUACGGUAAAUACAGUAGAUCCUCAUUACCUCACGUUUUCCUCCCCUUCCUCCUAUGCCACACACAACCAGUGCAGCUUUAGGUCUUUGAUAUCUUUAGGCAUUCUUAAUACAGAUGCUUUAUAUCCUUUUAAAAACUACAGGGGAAGAAAUGGAAGUGGAGAACAGGCACACCAAGUAAAACCCCACAAGAAGGGAAAAUUAGCUGUUAGAUAAGCUGCAACCCAAGAGCCAGGGCAGGUGGAGGAACCAAAGACUUAUGGUGUUAUUCUGCUCUGUGCUAGUUAGCAUCCUGGCUUUUAAAGUUACAACUUUGAUUUAUAUGGACUAUGGAUUAGUUAUUCUUCUCUUUGUCCAUGCGACAGAACAGACAAGCGGGACAAAUUGAGUUGCUGAGUGCAGUCUUUAAAUGAGAGCUUGUUGGUAAUCUGCAUGCUUGCCUUUGCUGUCAUGUACGUGACUUAUCCAUAGGUUCAUUGCUCUGUUUUCAUUGGAAAUGAACUGCAUUACCUAUAGGUUACUACUCGUGUUCUCAUUGGAAUUGAACUGAAUUAUCUGUAGGUUUAUUAUUCUUGUGUUUUCAUUAGAAUUGACCUAAAUCUUCUAUAGGUUUGUUAUUCUGUAUUUUCAUUGGAAUUGAACUGUGGACUGGGGGAAAAAAAGUUUUAAGUGGUAAAUAGAGUAAACUGUGCAGAGCUUGGUUGUUUACAUUUUUUUGAGGCAGGGUCUCAUGUAGCUCACAUUGGCUUUGAACUCACGCUGUAGCUGAGGAUGACCCGGAUACCUGAUGUACCUUUACUUCCUAGUUGCCAAGGUUAUAGAUGUGUGCAGCAACCCUACCUGGCCAGAAGUUGCUGAAAGUUCAUGUUGUAUGCAUUUGAGAUUAGUCUGUACAGUUGUUUUAAUGUUGCUGGAAACGCCCGUGGUACUUAACUUACAAAGGAGUGUGUGGUUCUUGAUAUUUGCUCACAGUUAACUAUGGAGGAAAAGACUGUCAUUACCAAGCAUGUCGAAGUAGCUAAAGGCCUCCUUAUUGUACAGCAAACAUGGAGUCCUGACGACUAGAGGUUUGGGUAUUGGUUUUAUUUUUAUUCUUUGAAAGAAAUUUGACAGUUUUUUGGUAUUGUUAAGGAGAAAAGAGAUGGAAAGAAUGCCAGAGGAGAAAGGAUGUACUUUUACUGUAAUUUUAAAUAAAAACAUUUGUUUUGAUGUAGGAAAGAGUGAGAACCGACCUUUCGGCAGCAUGUGCUUUCUUUCUGUAAGACUGAGCUGACGACAAGCAGUUUGUGGCAGCGCUUACAGGCUGUCUUGAACUCACUGUGGAUUAUGGGGCUGCCCUUUUAGGAUUAUAGAUAUGAUUUAGUGAGGUUAAAAAGAACAUUAAAUAAACCUUUUCUAGAAAUAGUGACAUUUUAUUUUGAAAUUUUCAUGAGAUGAAAUUGAUGUUCUGGCUUCUUUUUCUACUUGACAUUCAUAUUAAAAAUACCUAACAUUUAACUUUUUUUGCCCUAAAAUUUUUUCACUAAUAUUGAAACCUGGCUUAAUGCGUGUGAUUGUAAUUGUGUGUGUGUGUGUGUGUGUGUGUGUUUGAGAGAGAGAGAGAGAGAGAGAGAGAGAGAGAGAGAGAGAGAGAGAGAGAGAAGGAGAGAGAAAUAUUUGAAAAAAAUGUGUUUGAGAGAGAGAGAGAAAUAUUUGAAAAAAAUAUUUGACCUUACUUAGAUGCUUUUUAGGAAUAAUGAAUAGUUUCAUGUUUUGAGGGUACAGUAGUCAGCAAGAAUCCUUCAGAUUAUAUACUUGACAGCAAAAUAAAAGGCAAAAAUCUUCUUGCUUUGUGUUGUAUAGGUAAUUACCAUUUCUGUUGACUGUAUGCAACGAGGACUCUCAGGCAAGUAAGAGACUUGUUCUAAUUUUGUCUUGCUUUUGCCACUGGUCACACAAUUUUCCUCUUUUGUUUUUUGCGGGGUGGCAUUUGCCGUCAGAAGAAAUCACUGACAGUCACACCCAGAUUGCUAAACUCCAGUGCAUUCACUGAUAUGUUCUGCUGGGAUCACUGGUGACAGCUUUGAUACAGGUGCAUUGAAACAUUUGCCUUUGAGAGAUGGAAAGUGAGUUCUCGUUCUUUUAUUGCAUGCUCUUGUCUCCUGCCAUCACAUUUCAAGAACAGUUUUGUUCCUAGCAUUCGGCCUGUCACUAGUGCCCCGCUGUUUCUCUUUGCUAAUCAGAAUGUCCCCUGCACAUCCAGACAGUUCAUACAUGGAGGGCUACUGCUGUGAAAUAAAUGUGACUCCAGGCCUCCAAGGUUGUGGUCAUAAUUUUAUAAGUUAGUAUUGAUUUUUAACAUUUUGUAUAUUAUGCUGUAAAUGAAAUUGAACUUACAUUGUUUUAAAUAGUUUCUUUUAGAACCAUUAGCUUUAGAUUUAAAGACAUGCUAGGUCUUUAAAAUAUACCGUUGUUCAAUUAUAACCAUAGUACACAGAAUUAGAAAAAUCAAGUAAACAGUAACUUUUAAAAUCAGAAAGAAUACCCAGGGAAGUGGUGAUAGAAGCAAUUUAGAGCUGUGAGCCAGCUUUCCUCUUUGAGCUUUCUUUGAAGCUAUUUGAACAGUUGCUGGGGUAAUUUUAAACAUUAAAUGUAUUUGUGACUAAAAUCUUCCUUCUCUAGCUACUAGCUACCAAAGCCUCACAGUGGUCUCAUUAUAUAGAAUUUAAAUGAUGGUUAAAAGAGACAGGGAAUAAUAAGGUUGGUUAAACCUAUAUUUAUUAAAAGAUAGAGCAUGAAAAGAUUUGAAGCCUUAUAGUAGUUCAAGGUAGUAGGAUUCAUAAAAAGUUGAGAUGCCCUCCCAGAACCCCUGCUCCCCCCCCCCCCCAAGGAUAGAUUUUGACUUAAAAACAUUCAUCUGUGCCCUGGGGAGAGAGAUGGAAUGAAACGAAGACUUCAGAAAGUUUCCUUGGAAGACUUAGAACUGGGAAUGGAAAGUAGAAAUUAAUGAACUAUCAAGAGAGAAACAAUUUUUAUUUCCACAAACACUGAUGAAAACCGGAGGACAGACAGUGAUCCUUAGGCCACUCUCCACGUGCUCCUUGUGACUCACGUGCUCUGUCGCCACGUUCUGCAACCCAUGCUAUCUGUAUUUACUUGGCCCAGGGGCAAGGGUUGGUUUUAUGUUUUCAGAUGUGUAAAAAAAAAUUAGAAUGAACAAGAUUUUAUGGUAUAUUAAAAUUAUUUGAAAUUGAAAUGCUAACAGAUAAAAUUAAACUUAAAUCAAGACACAGAAAUAGCCACUUGUAUAUGUAUUGUCUUUGGUAUUUCUAGCUGUUCCUGGGCUGCAAUGAUAAUAUGGAGUAGUUGUAUCAGAGACUAUAUGGCUCAUAAAAGCUAAAUUUCAUGCUUAUUUCCUGGCUAUUUACCCAAAUUUGCUGGUCACAGAAAUGUAGCAUGUUUUCUAAACUAGAAGUUCUUGGCCAUUAAUGAAAUUCCUUUAUACCUUUACCCGGUAAAUAAUUUUAUUAUUAUUAUGCAGUACCUGCAUAGUCAGUGUGUUUUUGUUCUCCAUAAUACUCCCUUGGUUGAGUGUUUUGUGUUUUUUUUUUUUUUUUCCCCUUUAGAGAUAGGGUCUCCAUAGAUAACUCAGUCUACCCUUGAACUCAUGAUCCCCCAAUGAUAGCCUUCCACGCUUGGAUUAUAGGGGCUUGAAGGCUAGCAAGUAUUUAAUUACUUCUGGUUCUCUCAUUUGAAUUAUGAAAAAAAAUUAUUUUUCAGAAGUCAGUCUAAUUUGCUGUUCCAAGUCUACUGAAAACUUUGUAGCUCUAUCUUUAUUCAUGCUUACAAAAAUUACAAGAACUUAAACAUCAGAAUUGCUAUUUGCUAUUUGGAAAAGCUACAUUGAGAUGAGCAGUUAGUCUUUUCUUGAAGGUAUUAGUACUAACAGAGGUUAUGUAUUGGAUACUUUAAGAUACAUUAGAAGUGAGUGCUGUCAAGAUGUCUUAGUAGCUGAAGGUGCUUGCUGUCAAGCCUUUCAAACCCACAUGUAGAAAGACAAAAUCAACCCCUGUAGUUGUCCUCUGACCUCCACAUACUGGCCCUGGUUCACCCACACAAUAAAUAAAUGAAUAGUUUUCUAAGAUGUACUAAGUGAUCACAUUCUAAACAUAUGCUGCCAACACUGGCUUAUCUUUCUCUUGUUCUCGGGUCUGCUUUGUUCAUCUCCUGUCAGACGUAGGAGAAGUGUGGUAGUUGUUGGGAGUAACAUGGAAGUCUUGUAAUAUUCUGAAUAAAAAUUUAGGGUAACUUCUAUUAGGAGUUUUUGAGUUGCCUGGGUAAAGGGAGUACUGUGUGCAUGAGGAUUUGAACUUAUACUCCAUUUCUCUUCUUUCUAUUAAGCCUCACUUGCCUCAGCCAAUAAAAAUAUGAGAUUUAAAUACUAAAUGAGAAGCUGUAGAGUUUGCUUGACAGUUAACAGUUGCUGCCCUUCAGAUGACCCAAGUUUGGUUCCCAGUGUCCGUAUCAGGCAGCGUCAGAGGAUCUGAUACCCACUUCUGGCCACCCACAAACACUAAUAAAAACCUUUUAAAAUAAAGCAGAAGAAGUUAGUAAGUUUACCAGAGGUAGAAAAGCUGUAGUUAAUUUUCUUGCUUUCUUUCCCUUCCCGAGAAAUCGGGCCUGACUGGACCAUGCUGCUUAUGAUUGAAUUAACUCAUAGAGGAAAAACAAAAGCCAGAACCAUUGAUUAAACAUUUAUUCUGAGUGAACAACUGCUACUAGAUAAAGAUGAGACCUCAUAGCUAAGUUUUCUCAGCCCUUAUCAUAUCUAAGCAGUAAUGAGUGAUAGUUCCUUCACUUCUUAGUGACUACUUCACACAAAUGUAAGGGUUAUUCUAUAUAGACCUUUCCUGCAUGUGUAAACUAUUCCGUUUGUGUGGUGGUUUCAAAGAGAAAUGUUUCCUGUGGGCUCAGGUCCUUGAACGCUUAGUCCCCAGUUGGUGCUGUUUGGGAGUUGGUACAGUCUUGCUGGAGGGAUUGACCACUGGUUUGUGAAGUACUGUGAACUUUUACCCAGAACUUUCCUUCUUUGACACCCUUGACCACUCACUCUCUCUCUUGAAACUGCCCUCCCUGGAAGCUGAAAUCACGCCUCUGUUUCCUCUCUUCUACCUGGUAACUCUCCUACUUUGUCUCCUUUGUUUCCUUAGAUGUUGGAUUCCUGAGGGCUUGAUUCUAGGAUUCCAUUUCUUUUCAUUCUACAGCCUAAUGUAUUCAUGCCCAUGGCUUCAGUUACUGUUUGCUGAUGCUAUCUGGCAUUUCCUUGUGUCCUGUAUUUCAGGGAGAAAUAUCAAAUUAUUCAUGCCCAAGGAAAAGACAUGCUCCCCUUUACUUUCCAAAUCCAUAGCCUGUCUUAUCCUAGCAUAGGCAAUCCUUAUCUUCCCUCCUGGAGCACAGCAGGUACACUGGUUCCCCCCAGUAGGUGUCCGUACAGAAGCAACUGCAGUGUAUGUUCUGAAAGGACAAAUGUAACCACUCUUAGGAUUAUAACUUAGGUCAUUUGGGUGACACAGCCCAUUCUACUUUCUCAGUCUCUUCCCUUGCCUGUCUAUACAUAAGCCACUUAGGCCUGUGUCCAGAUUCUGACAAAUAUCCUGCUUUGACCUUCUACCUCUCUUUCCUAGACAGUUGUCAUUUUAUUAUUUGCAUCUCAACACAAAGACAGUUUCUGUACAAAAACUGCUUGGUGCAGUAAUUCCACAGAUGUGGAAGGCACUCCAGGAGUCGGAACUAGAGAGGAGAGGUCUGGCUAGAAGGGAAACAGCAGGAGCGCAAAGUGGUCCUCAGCAGUACUGAGAACAGGGUUUGAUGUUUCUUAGACUGGCCUCUAACUCCUGGCCUAAGUUGAUCCUUAGUCCUCCUGUCUCAGCCUCUACUUAGGAAUACUGGUGCUUGGUAUUGGAGGAGUUUGUUGUGGUUGGUUUGUUUGCUUGUUUGUUUUUCUUUUUUUAAUGACUAGUCAGACAAAAGAAGGUCACUGAUAGCUUUUAGAAGCUUGAAAUACUACAUUCUACAGCACAAAACAGAAUUCCCUCAAAAAAAUAUGCUCAAAAAUUUCAGUAGUGCUAAGUUUAAGAUAUAGUGGUCAAAUGCAGGGUACCGUAGAGAGAACUAAUGGAAACAUGCAUCUAUAUUAUUGCCAUCGCAUCCAUUCUUCCAAUAAACAGAGACAUGAGUACAAAUUUAACUCAAGCAUGUUUAGCUCAGCAUGGUACAUGUAAAUGUGUCCCUAAAACAGAAGUUCUACCUGCUCAGCAUGGUCUUUCACCAUGCAAAAUAGAUGCUAAAUGAAGCCAGCUUUGCUAUAACCUCCCAGCUGUGUUGUCUCUCCCUCCUGGGGAUAAAAAAAAAAGAAAAAAGAAAAUAUAAAGAACAUUUGUUUAGAGUAGAUAAUAAUUUUUUUUUAAUAACUCUGACAGUGUGGGAACUAAUAGGGUCAGGGGAAAGAGAAGGAAGGGAAGAUAGCCUACUUCCAGCCAGAUUUCCUCCUAUACUCUGGGCAGGCAGAUGUGGGAGGGCUGCCAGACGCUUUCCACUUGGCCCUGGGUGGGCAUCUAAGCCACUGACCCCACUCGAUAGGGGGUGGACAAGGAAGGGGCAGCCUCUGAAACCAGGGGGCCCCAGAGCGACACCCUGUAGCCCUGGGGUUAUGGGAGAGAGGGCUGAGGGAGAGAGGUUUCCACGCAGGUGAGAGUAAGCGCAGUGGGCCUUGAUGGACAGAGACAGACAGACAGACAGACACACAGAGAGAGAGAGAGAGGGAGAGAGAGAGAGAGAGAGAGAGAGAGAGAGAGAGAGAGAGAGAGAGACCCCAGCCAUGGCUAAGAGGAGAGAAGGGGGAAAAGGAGAGAGAGAAGAAAGGCUAGAGAGGAAGAGGGAAAGAGAGGGAGAGGAGAGAAGAGAAGAGAGUAAGGGGAGUAAGAGCAAGAGAGUGAGGAGGGGCCAAGUAGCCCCUCUUAUGGUAUGCUGUUAUCUUUAUUGUUGCUAGGUAACUGGGGAGGAGUUUAGCAUGAAGGUCAGAAGCUUGGGACAUUGUCUACUUGACUUCUAGCCAUGCUUCUUUUGUGGGGGCUGAGGGGCCAGUAACUUCCACAGGAGCCCUGGUUCCAGGAGACAUGAGAGAACUCCUUCCAUCCCAUGUAGGUGAUCUGCAUAUAGUUCAAUGCCCCAUAUGACAGGAAGUCUUUAAACUUUUAAAAUUCACUUUAUAUCCAAUUGCUGCCCCCCCUUUCUGAUCCACCACCCACACAGUCCCUUCCCUAUCCCCCUUCCCCUUCUCCUCUGAGAGGGUAAAGGCCCCCCUGGGUAUCCCUCCACCCAGGCACAUCAAGUCUCUGCAGGGCUAGAGCGUCCUCUCCCACUGAGGCCAGAUAAGGCAGCACAGUUAGGGGAACAUAUUCCACAGACAGGCUGCAGCUUUACGGACAGAUCCCACUCCAGUUGUUGGGGGACCCACUUGAAGACCAAGCUGCUACAUAUGUAUGGGGCCAAUACAGUUCUUAAUAGCAGCCUUAUAAAUUUCUGUAUAUCGUGCUAGGUAACUGAUACAAUAAAAUAAUAAAUUUAAGAAAGCUUUGUAUUACUUUACUGAAGAACAGUAAACCCAAAGACUAAGACAUUUGGGGCUCUCAAGGGGAGACUUAGGAGUACUAUGUUACGGUUAGAUUCCACUGUCAGGUGCUGCUGAGCAGUUUAGUUUACCCAAUACCCUUUUCUUUAUUUUUCAUAUGUAAAAUUGAAUGAUAAAAGAACUUACAUGAUUGUUCUUGUGAGAAGAAACUAGUUAAUGCCUGUCACACUGUGGCUAUUUAAAAAAAAAACAAAACAACAACAACAACAACAAAAAACCUUGAGCUAGGAAUGGAUUUUAUUUUAUUUUUCUUUUAACAGGGUUUUUUAGUGUGGCCAAGGCCUGAAUCUCACUAUGUUGAUUAAGAUGGCCUCAAACUCUCAAGUGCUGGGACCAGCUUUAGUUUUUAUAUUUAUGAUAUUAAAAAAAUGGGAAGGUGAGUGACAGAUUAGGGGUCCACAAGGCCUAAUGUUGUUGCUCUGUAUAAUUAUUUCCCAGAAAAUGCUAGUUUCUGGGAAUGUUUAUGCUAUUGUGAGUAUGGUAGUUUGCCAAUGAAUGUUAGAAUGAAAGAUAGCUGUUAGAUGAGAACUGGAGUUAGAAAAGAAUGAUUGUGGAUACUACUGACUAGAGAAGGAAGUCACAGUUGUGACUACUGGUGAUUACUUACAAGGGGAAAAAAAACAAAGCCAAACAAAAUGAAAGUCAGUAACAUUGUAGAAGUAGCAAAACCAGUGGAAUCCAGAAGGACUUCCUCUUUUGGAAAUGGGGUUAGGAAUGUUUUAGGGUCCUCUAUCUUUCUGCUGUGUUUAAAAAGUUAGACUCAAGAGUGAUGUUGAGCUUUAUAGUAGCUAGUUAUUAUAGUUUGCUAGGAUAAAAAAAUUUCAAGUACUGUCCCAUGUUUUCAAGAUUAAUUUUAAAAAAUGUUUUAAAAGUGUGUGUGUGUGUGUGUGUGUGUGUGUGUGUGUGUGUAAUAUGAGUACAUGUGCGUAUGUGGGUUAUGGAAGUCAGAGGACAGCUUUUGUGUUGGUCCUCACCUUUGACCAUGUUCACUGCUUUGUAUUGGGGGCCAGCUGACCCAUGAGCUUCUUGGGGUGCUGCUGUCUCUGCCUUCCAUCUCUCUUUAGGAAUUUUGAAAUUACAGACACAUAAAACAUGUGUCAGUUUUGCAGAAGUUCUGAGAUUUGAACUCAGGUCUUCAUGCUUGUUUGGCAAGCCUUUGGACCACCUUUCUAGUUUAAUGUUCUGUAUUUAAGAUCAGCACAUGAAUAAUAAUUCUUUAACUUAUGGGUAUUGCACAUGCACAUAUGCUUGUAUAUCACAUUUGUGCCUGGGGCCAAUGGAAGCCAGAAGAGAGUGUCAGACCCCUAGGAACAGGAGUUUCAUUCAGUUAUUUAUGAGUUACCAUGAAGGUGCUGGGAAUUGAACCCAGGUCUUCUAAGAAGAGCAGCUAGUGCUCUUAACCACUAAAAGACGACCUCUUUGGUCCCCUAGUGUUAUGUAGUUAAAGAUCUUAUUUAUUUACUUAUUUUUUGUUUUUCUGUGUAUGUGAGUGCAUGCACACAUUUAUACAGGCACACAAGUGAGUUUGCAAAGGCCAAAAGGAGGUUAGGUUCCUCAGAGUAAUGGGCAUUUACAUUUACAGAUCACUGGGCUUAUACGCUGAUGCUGGGAUCUGAACUUUGGUCCUCCAUUUGAGCAGCAAGUGCUCUUAACCACUGAGUCAUCUCUGCAGCCCUUUUCUAUAGUUUGGGAAGUAGUCCUCCAUGCUUUAUGUUAUGAAGGAGAUUUAAUAAACAGUAAGAAAUGCAUAAGUGCUUAAUUGUAUUUAUUUUUAUAAUAAUCAGUAAAUGCUUUUAAUUAACCAACUUCACACAUUCUGCCGUGGAAAUUUGUGGAGAUAGUAAAUUCUUAGUUACUUCAAAUUCAAGCCAGAUUCUUCAGUAUUUAUUCCUAUCUGCCCUCCAACUAUCCUGUUUUUCAUUUAGGGUGCUAGGGUAAGUUUUCUUCUUUCAUUUUUAUUUCCUUGAUUAAUGAUUUCACAUUUCUACUGGUUUUAAACUGUAUACAUCUCUAAGCUAAUAUCUGAAUUGUAGUAAAUAAUGAUACUUUCUGUAGUAAUUGAAAGUUGCUUGAAUGUUUCUAAUCCGAAGCGGUCCUAAUCUGAAGCAGUCCCUGGAGUGUUUAAAGCAAUUCUUUUAUUUCAUAAAUUGGUUGUUUACUUAAAAGUGAUGGAAAUUAUUAUUGGUUAAGUGAGAAAUGGCUCAAUGCUCUGACUUCUGCUCCUUUUCUUCUACAUAGACCCUGUUGCAUCUCCUGUAAGCAGUGUGUAAACUCUCCAUCUUCUGGGGACAGAGUAGGAAAUCCUGUUCCUAUAGAAUACACCUUGUGAAGAUUAUACAUCAAUAAUAAUAGGGUCAUCUAAUUUUGAAGAGCUUUAUAGAAAAGAAAAAAUGGAGACUACUGUGCUAUUUUAGUUUUGUAUAGUUUUCUUUCUUCACCGUGCAUUCUUAUUAUAUGCAGUAGUUGACCUUCCAUUUUAAUAUUACUACUAGCUGGUGUUUGUUUUGUUUUACUUUCUAUUGGUCUCUUUCACAGUAAGAGCAAGUAGUUGCAAGGUAUUUAAUCUAUUGAAUAAAUAAAUUGUUGGGCUUUGUUGAAAGUUUUUUUGUGUGUUGCAGGGAUAAAUGAGUAGUUCUUAUCUGUCUUAUAUUCAAUUCAUGCUCACAUUUUUUUCUUUAUUCAGAGGUGGUAAUUAAGCUAUUCUAAAUAAUCUGGCAGCUAUGGUGUUGGUAUAAGAAAUAGUAGCGUUAAGUUAAAGAUGAUGUAUCUUUAUUCUGCCACUAAUGUAUAACAUCUUUAUGAUAGUAAUAUGCCAGAAUAUCAUUUUUUCAUCUAUAAAACAACGAAUGACUUCUUUAUAGGAUUUUGUUAGUAUUAAAAAGGUAAUAUUUAAGCAUGUCCAGCAUGGUGUCUGGUACACCUAAUGUUCAAUAAAUGGUUGUCAUAUUAAAAACCAGAUAGCAGUGUAUUUUAGCUGCCUCCCUAGUUCUCCGAUUAAAGGCGUGUGCCAUUACCUCCCAGUUUUAGGGUGAUCUUAAUAAAACUCUUGAGUCACAAAAACUUAGAAUAAGAGUUAGGAUAUCACAAUUUAAGGCUCACUCCCCUUACAAAGUUUAUCUUAUUCUCUAGUGCCCUUGUCAGGUGUUUAUAUCUCAGCUGCUGUGGAGCUUUUUUCUUUGGACAAGACAUUAUGAUAGGUUUUCAGGGGACUUCUGAGUUGAAUAAGGUUCUUCAGUCUAGUGCCUGUGAGAAAUGGCAGUGGAGAUAGAUCGUGAAGGAUGACAUAGAAUAUGAAUAUUUACAGAGUUUCUGAUAACAGGAACCAGGUGGGACAAAGGAGAGGAGCUGAUUUGUUGCAGGAAGUCAUGAAUAUGGAUACUCCCAUGAGACUGGAUGAAGGAAAGUACAGGAGUAAUGAAGUGAAAGUUUCCUACAGUGUGACUUUCUGUAUCCAUCAAAUGAAUUGUUAAAUAUCUAACUGUGAUAUGAUCAAAUUUGCAUCAGAAAAUUAUAGGAAAAAAACAGCAAUAGAAUGAAACUUCUUUUCCCAUGAACUUCAGAUUGUAGUAAGAAUGUAAUUUAGUAUUUAAAUCAACUUAAAAAUACUUUAAAAGUGGAUUGGGGCUGGGGGUGGUGCCGCAUGCCUUUAAUCCCAGCGCUUGGGAGGCAGAGGGGCAGGCGAAUUUCUGAGUUCAAGGCCAACCUGGUCUACAGAGUGAGUUCCAGGACAGCCAGGGCUACACAGAGAAACCCUGUCUCAAAAAACAAACAAACAAAAAGUGGAUUGGAACACAGGCACAGAACAAGUUGCAAAAAUGACUAGGCAGAUUUGGCAGAGUAAUUUCUAAACAGGAAAAAGUGGUCCUUGAAAUUUACAUUUCAAAUGCAUUUGAAAAAGAAAUUUUGAAGAAACUAAUAGUAGGUCUUGGGAAAUUAAUCAGAUUACUACUAGUGUUCUAGAGGUAGAUAUGAAGAGAAAGUAAGAUACAGAGAACAGAAUGAGAAGUGCAGUGCAGUUGGUGUUCUAGAGAAGACAGUUCUUAAUCAUCAUUUCUAGUGUACAUCCUCUGAGAACACCAUCCAGGGAUAUGGAAAGGCGUUCACUAGAAACAGUGGAAAGCUAAGGACACUGGGAGAAAGCAACCUUUGAGCGUAUAUAAAGAUGAAAUGAUGGUUUUAGAUAGAUAAACUGAGUUGCUUACCACCAUAUCCUUUACUAAAGGAGCUUCUAAGAAACAUUUCUUAAGAUUGAAGGAAGCUGAACUCAGAAAGACUGAAGUACAAGAAGGAUAAACGAAAAAAUGGAAAUAUAUGAGUAACUAUUAGUAAACUAUAUUCAAUUUAUUUUAUAUUAACAGAGCAGUUACCAACUUUCAUCGUCAACCGUUGCAGAUAGUACAAUAAGAAUUUUUCAAGAGAAGCUGUAAUCUUAGCUCUCUCUCAAGAUUAUUUUCAUCUUACAAAUGUCUCUGAUAUAAUUUGAAAUGAAUGAAUGUCUUUUUAAAAAAUGUGUCUACUUGCAGGCUGCUGAGCUAAUUUUAAAUUUGAAUAAGAAAAUUUAAAAUGAAUCUAAUGGAACUAUGUUAACUGAUCUUGCUCCUUAGUUAUCAGUCUUUACUGUCAGUGUUUUACCAUUUGAAUCUGGAAUUGACUGGUGAGAAUGCUCAGCUUUCAUUGUACGCAUUAGAAGCCCGUUCCAAGUGCAUUGUUCCAAGUGCAUAUCCUAAUCCUGGAGAAGCACAGACAUAAUAAAAUGGAGCUUGAUGUUCUUCAUAUGGCCAAGGGCAUUGCAGCAGAAUAUAUAUCAUGUCCUUUAUAGCUUUAGCCUCAGAGAGGGGAAGUUGCUAGAGAGUGUUCUGUUUGCUUGCUUGUUUAACUGCUGAGCCCUUGGUAUUCUGUGAGAACAAUAUAUAGAAUUUUAUUAGUUGCCUUUAUUCAAAAUCAACAGUGAGUGUUCUACUCAUAUUCUAAUCUUUUUAAACAAACCUUUAAUUGUGAACUAAGUCUCAUGCUUGAUUUAACAUUUGUUGACUUUCCCAGAACCAUUUUUUCAUUCAUGUACAAGUAUUUGGUUGAGCCUCUCUCAGGUUCUACCACAUAUGUGAAAUUGCUGUUAAGUAAAUAAGACAUAAUAUCUUGUGUUCAGAAAAUUUUCUUUCUAGUGAAAAGCAGAAAUCAAACAAGUAUACAAAUUUUAAAAUUAUGAGUUUUCAGAGAAAACAAGGUGAAGUGAUAGAUUAAUUGAUUUAAAAGAUUAAUUGAUUGUCCUCACCUGAAUGAACAUAAAUUGCGAAGGCCACGGGGCAUAUUUGACUGAAUGUGGCAUCCUUUUCCAUAUGAGAGGAUAUAAUAUUAAAAUGAUGGGGAUUUUCAUUUUAUAAUGAUAUAAAAACUACAACAGCUCUUCACAAUUUAAAUGCUUAUCUUCCUUAACUCAGGGAAAUAUGUGAGAGGCCCUAUCCUAAUUUUUAUUUUAUAUUUGGCUCUAUAAUGUGGAGAACUCAGCCCCACAUUAAAACACUUGGUCACAGAUGUUUGAUUCAUCAGCUGUGUUAUGUGCUCUGUCCUUAUGUAUUUAGACAGUGGUGCCACUGUAUGUAAAAGCAGUACUUGUUAACUUUAGCAAGAUCUUUACAUAAGACAAAAGAUAAUACCAAAGAAUCUUGGUGUUUUAGAUAUACAAGAUAAUAUAAAGACAGUAGCUAUAGCCCCAAGCCAUGUUAGAGAAUUUAAACAUAAUAAUUUCUUUAGAAUAAACUGUAUUUUAUUGAUGAGCUGAUUAUUUAUAUAGGUUUUCUACACAGUAAAUUCUUUUUUCCACAAUGAAUUCUUUAAAAAUGUAUGAAAACAUUGUUUGUUGUUGAAACUUUAGUGUACAUAUAUUCUUUUCGCGGAAUUUUUACUCCUGGCUUCUUUGAGAGUAAAGCUGUAGAAAUCUCUGCCAUGGUUUUUGUGGAUUGUGAAAACAAUUGAGAAGCUGUAAUUACAAUAGAUGGGUUCUCUAACUGUCUUGUGGAGUCUUUUCCUCAGUGUCACCAUAGGUAGUAAAAUGUGAUUGCAAUGUAGAAGACUUUUCUCUCUAAAGAAGACCAGUGAUCCCUUUAAGAAGGGUCAUUGUGAAUUUCUUGUUGUAAUUGCAGAAUGAGUGAGUUUGAAUAUGAAGGAAGAAGAGCCUAAAUAGGAGAGAUGCUCUGGGGCUGCCUUUCUCUACAAAAGACUGGAAAAGUAAGAAGAGCUUUCCUGCCUUUUUAAUUACCAAACUACUCUCAAUUUUCAUUGAAACAAUUCAAAGAAAGAAUGCAGUCUUUCUAUACCUGACUCAAGAAUGAAUAAUCCAUCAGAAACCAAUAAAUCAUCUAUGGAGAGUGAAGAUGCCAGCACAGGCACACAAACCAAUGGUCUGGACUUUCAGAAACAGCCCGUGCCCGUUGGAGGAGCGAUCUCCACAGCCCAGGCCCAGGCCUUCCUCGGACAUCUUCACCAGGUCCAGCUAGCUGGGACAAGUUUACAGGCUGCUGCUCAGUCUUUAAAUGUACAGUCUAAAUCCAGUGAAGAGUCGGGAGAUUCGCAGCAGUCGAGCCAGCCUUCUUCCCAGCCGCCUUCAGUGCAGUCAGCCAUUCCCCAGACCCAGCUAAUGCUGGCUGGGGGACAGAUAACUGGGCUCACGUUGACCCCAGCCCAGCAACAGUUACUGCUACAGCAGGCGCAGGCCCAGGCCCAGCUCCUGGCCGCUGCAGUGCAGCAACACUCCGCCAGCCAACAGCACAGUGCUGCUGGGGCCACCAUCUCAGCCUCCGCCGCCACACCCAUGACGCAGAUCCCCCUGUCUCAGCCCAUACAGAUUGCACAGGAUCUUCAACAAUUGCAACAGCUUCAGCAGCAAAAUCUCAACUUGCAACAGUUUGUGUUGGUGCACCCAACCACCAACCUGCAACCAGCACAGUUUAUCAUCUCACAGACCCCCCAGGGCCAGCAGGGUCUCCUGCAAGCGCAAAAUCUUUUAACGCAACUACCUCAGCAAAGCCAAGCCAACCUCCUACAGCCACAGCCAAGCAUCACCCUCACGUCCCAGCCUACCACCCCAACUCGCACAAUAGCAGCAGCCUCAGUUCAGACACUUCCACAGAGCCAGUCAACACCAAAGCGAAUUGACACUCCCAGCUUGGAGGAGCCCAGUGACCUUGAGGAGCUUGAGCAGUUUGCCAAGACUUUCAAACAAAGACGAAUCAAACUUGGAUUCACUCAGGGUGAUGUUGGGCUCGCUAUGGGGAAAUUAUAUGGAAAUGACUUCAGCCAAACCACCAUCUCUCGCUUUGAAGCCUUGAACCUCAGCUUUAAGAACAUGUGCAAGUUAAAGCCCCUUUUAGAGAAGUGGCUAAAUGAUGCAGAGAACCUCUCAUCUGAUUCUACAGCAUCUAGCCCAAGUGCUUUGAAUUCUCCAGGAUUGGGGGCUGAGGGCUUGAAUCGUAGGAGGAAAAAACGCACCAGCAUAGAGACCAACAUCCGUGUGGCCUUAGAGAAGAGUUUCAUGGAGAAUCAAAAGCCUACCUCGGAAGACAUCACCUUGAUUGCUGAACAGCUCAAUAUGGAAAAGGAGGUGAUUCGUGUUUGGUUUUGUAACCGCCGCCAGAAGGAGAAAAGAAUCAACCCGCCCAGCAGUGGUGGGACCAGCAGCUCACCUAUCAAAGCAAUUUUCCCCAGCCCAGCCUCAUUGGUGGCAACCACUCCAAGCCUUGUGACAAGCAGUACGGCAACUACCCUCACAGUCAACCCUGUCCUCCCUUUAACCAGUGCUGCUGUGACUAAUCUCUCUCUUACAGGCACUACAGACUCGACGUCCAACAACAACACGGCCACGGUGAUUUCCACAGCACCCCCUGCUUCCUCAGCAGUCACAUCCCCUUCCUUGAGUCCCUCUCCCUCUGCCUCGGCCUCCACCUCAGAGGCCUCCAGUGCCAGUGAGACCAACACGACACAGACCACCUCCACGCCUCUUCCCUCCCCUCUCGGAGCCAGCCAGGUGAUGGUGACCACGCCCGGCUUACAGACAGCAGCCGCCGCUCUCCAAGGAGCGGCACAGUUGCCAGCAAACGCCAGUCUUGCUGCUAUGGCUGCUGCUGCGGGACUCAGCCCAGGCCUCAUGGCACCCUCACAGUUUGCUGCUGGAGGUGCCUUACUCAGUCUCAGUCCGGGGACUCUGGGCAGUGCUCUCAGCCCAGCCCUAAUGAGCAACAGUACACUGGCAACGAUUCAAGCUCUUGCUUCUAGUGGCUCUCUUCCAAUAACGUCUCUGGAUGCAACUGGGAACCUGGUAUUUGCCAAUGCAGGAGGAGCCCCGAACAUCGUGACUGCACCUCUGUUCCUGAACCCUCAGAACCUCUCUCUGCUCACCAGCAACCCAGUAAGCUUGGUUUCUGCCGCUGCAGCCUCCACAGGGAACUCUGCACCUACAGCCAGCCUUCAUGCCUCCUCCACCUCAACUGAGUCCAUCCAGAGCUCUCUGUUCACAGUCGCCUCUGCCAGUGGGCCUGCUUCCACCACCACAGCUGCCUCCAAGGCACAGUGAGCUGAGUGCAGAGCUGGGUUGCCACAGGCUUUCCUCACUACAGGGUGAUAGGCUGGCUACCAGCUGCUUAAGAAAAUGACACCUGUCAUUGGCUUCCUCCCACCAUGUUGUGAGGAGGAAGAAGACAUGGAGAGAAGAAAAAAUUACACAUACCAGAAAAAGGAAAGAAUGGAGACAGGACAGCAUUUGCCUAAUUUUAUAAUAAAACAAUGUCUUUUCAGGAUUGCUUCAUGGAUUGGAGAACUUUCUAACCAAAAAUUUUAAAAGAAAAAAAAAAAAAAAGAAACAAAAACAGACAGACAAAACUAAGUGAAAGGCCUACUUACCAUGUCCAGCAGUCAUGACGACAAGCUAAGGUGGGUCACCAGUUCCAGGAGAGGAAGGGGUCUUUUUCUUUUUCUUUCUUUCUUUUAUGUUAUUGUUUUGGUUUGGUUUUUUUGGUUUUUUUUUUUCUUUUAAAAAAAAAAUCAUUUUUAUAGGUCUGUUGUACAGACCAUUAAGUCAUAACAAGGUGUUUAUAAUCAUAUCAAUUGUGUUGGGGGUUCCUUUCUUAACUGGUACAAUUUAGGCAGGCCUGUAUUACUGUAUCUCUGAUAUUGUUUGUUUAUACAUAUAUAUAUAUAUAUAUAUCUAUAUAUAUAUAUUGAACAUGUUUAUCUCUUGCUCCUGGAUCCUGUUUCAGUGAGCGCCCACACUGUGGGGAGGGAGGGUUUGGGAUCAAGGGAGACUUAGGUCCUUAACUCCUGGGAAUGUUCGUGCUGGUUUCCUUAUCCUUGGUGACUCUUACAGAGGUGCUAGAAAACGAUUUUCUUUUGCCACUUAUGCAAGAGGCUUGGUGCAGAAGCUGAAGGCAGUGUGUGCAAACACUUCUGCCUUACACACGCCCCUCCCCAUCAGGCGGUGCCUUUGGAGCACUUGUGUGUAGGAAGGAAUUCCUGCUGAGCCGUGGCUCUCACUCACCCCGAAUCAUUGAGCAGCCUGAGGCCCAGACCCUGUGGUGCAACAGUGACGCUUCCUUCUACUUCCCAUGGGAACAGCUGUGCCUGUUGCAGGGCAGGGUUUGGUUCCGAAGAGCAAAGACUACUGCAGACACCUGACUUGGUGGCUCUCCUGAUUUCUUAUCUCUUAAAAAAAUGCUCCUACUGUUAGUGUUUGUUUGUUUGCUUGUUUGUUUUUUCAUUUUAUGAAAAAUUUUCAUCCAAACUUCCUUUUAUUUACUUGGUCAGAAUCGAAUUGGCAUACUGAAGUUGUGCGACAGUUCUCUCCCUUGUUUUCUAAAGCAAUUCUGUUGAACUGUUUUCUACUAACGAGGUAUCCCAGAGAGGUCAGUAUGAAGAGCCUGAGCGAGUGUACCACCGUUCUCUAGAGAGUCACAGACUUCCUGUCCACUGAGUGGGUCACAAGUUUCUCCAAGCCUGAGAGUCUCCUCAGUCCCCUGACUGACAGAGGCCCUUUCCUGGCUGGGCAAGGGAUCUGUGGAACUUCAGAGAGAUGCUGAGCAAGAACUUCUCAGCCUCAAGUGUCUCUUGGUUGGUUAGGCCCCUGCUAAGUAGAUCUGAUGACGACAUGCAUCUCCUAUUUGAUGUAAAAAGUGAUUUCCUCCUGUAAUUGCUUUCAGGGUGUUUCUAGACUACAUAAAUGAGCCCAUUGAAAAGGAAGAACUUGUGAAAAUGGAUGAAGAUGGAUGAGGGCAAUUUAGAGACUAAAUUCCCCCAUUUGUCAAUAUCCUAUUAUUAUACUAUCUGUACCAGAAUUUUUACAAAUGACGGAAUCACUGCAGUGAAGCUCUGAGUUGCCCUUACUGGAGUUAAAGGUUCCCAUUUGGCGUCUGAGGGCACUUGCUUCAGUUCCUGGUGGUCUGCACUUUGAGCUGGGAGUGACUCUCCUUCUGAUUGCUUUGCUUUGCCGCAGGAAACUGUGCAUUUGUUUCUCUGCAGAGAAAAAGUUCAGCGAGGCAGUAGCAGACACAGAUGUGUACCUUUUUUGUUGUUGUUUCUCAGUUGGGAGAAGGUCAUACUAAUAUUAAAGGUCAAAAACAUUUUGAUCCCUUUAAUUUUUUUUAGUUCCUUUUGGUUAUUUCCCAGAGUAUUUAAUUUUCACCCCUGAAUAAUUUCUUUUACCUUUAACUUUUCCUAAAAUCCCUCCAAAAAUCAGUGAACUGCAAGCAGGGAAACUCACAGAUGCUCAUCCACCUAUUUUGUAUGGUGUGGGUGUUUUGUUUGUUUUGUUUUGUUUUUUAAACUAAGCUUGAACCAAAGUCAAUUCUUAGCAAGCUGCUGUACUAAUGGACUAAUGGUUAUAAUGUGCAGUUCAAACACAGUGAGGAGAUAGAUGCUACUGACAAUUCUUACUCAUUUUUCUUGAUUAAUUUUAUGUGAAAGUUGCUGCUUGUUUUUAUCUUUUAUGUUGGUAAAUUGUAAUAUCCUCUGGGCAGACAUUACCUUGAUUUUAGCUAGUUUGUUUAAGUCAGUGUGUAAAUAGGAUGGCGUGCCAGUUACUACUUCUCCCCUCCCCACCAGCCUUUCUCUCUUGUUAAUUUAAUGUUUUCUCUUGACUUAACACUCUAAUCUUAGUCUGCAUGUGGUUUUAGGCCUGUCAAUACUGUUUCUGCCCUAGCAGAGAGUCCCUCCCUUGGGAGUGAGGAGGUUAGGAAGAAUUCAGGGAGAGAAAUGCUGAUUACCUACCAGACAGAUUAGCAGUUAUAGCAUUAAUUUCCAGAAUUGCUACCAAAGGAAGUAGAGAGUCCCAAGAGGCUCUGGCCCGGGGACUAAGGAGGACAGAGGGACUGUUUUGUCAUACGUGGUUAAAAGGAUCUUUUUCCCAAAUAAGAGUCCCCUACAGACUUUGAUUUUAAAAAUGAUACUAAGUUUUAUGUUUUUGUCAAUCCUUCCUCUGUAGUCUCUAGUGGGUUUGAGAAAGGAUUGCUGCCUUUUUAUGUAGUUAAUUUUUUGAGGAUAGACUUUAAAACCAGCAUAAAUACUGUAUUGAGAAGAAAAGGAUCUUUAGAUAAAGAUAACUUUAAUUUUUUCCUACCCUUUUUCAUGUGUUUAAAAUUAAAUUGUAAAAUGAAAGGUACUUUAUACAUAUGUAUACAUGAAACACUACUAAAGUUUUCUGGUGGGUGUUCAGGCUAAAAUACCUUCCGUGACCAUCCCUAAAUGGUCGUUAACCUACUAUACACAAACCCUUGGGUAGUUUUUACUUGAUACCAUUUUUUUUAAUGAUCUCAAAUGCUUUUUAAACUGACAACUGUCUUCUAAGGUAAAGUACUCAGACUUAAAGGUUCAGCUGCCUUUUAUGAAAGAAUGUAGAAACCAAAGAGGUUAUUUGACUAAAAGACACAUACAGUUGAGUUUCUACAGUUCCUGAGUAAACAGGUUGUUAAACCUGUUAGUUCAUUCUCCUUUUCUUCCCCUUGAUAUUUAUGCUUGCUUUAUUUCAUCCCUAAAUUUAGUUAACACAUAGUAAGCCAAAGACUAAUUCUAAAUACAUUUAGGGGAUACUAUAUUUGCCUGUGAUAAUGGGCCCUCCCUGGAGAGUAGUGAAUGUAAUUGUUUAAUCCUGUUUAAGCAAUGCAGUUUGGCAUAAACUUUAUUUAUUUCCUGUGUAAAUCUAAAUGACAACAGAAAAAUCUAUAAGGUUUCUCACAAGAGCAGUCUUACUGUUGUAGGAAUAGUAAGUGCUCUGUUACCUUGAAUGUCUCUGAAGCCCUAUAGGCAGCUCCAUAAAAUGAGGAAACAUUAUUCCUAGCCAUUUGCUUCCUUAAUGUGUUGUCAGAAAGGUCAGCCCCGUCCUGUGUCUGUAACUUGUUACUCCAAAAUGGAACCAAAGGAAUCCGGCUUUCAGCUUGUGGAGGACCAGCCUGUUUAUAUUCUCAUAAGCUUUAUUAGAAAUUGUUAAAGGGAUAUCAGUGAAAAGGUUUUAGGUGUGAUCAUCUUGCCAACAUGUUCUAUAUCAUCAUCCAUUUGUUUUAGGGAAAAAGCACAAUUAUACCUCUCUAAUAUUAUUGUGUCUAUUAUCUAUUCUUCAAUUAUUUGAAAAAUAGGGGAAAUAAUCUCUUCACUAUCCAGAAGCACAGGUUUUUGCUUGACAAUAUUUCAGUUCAGCUCAGUCAUUAUUAACAUUUAACUUGCUGGAAAUGCCAGGUACAUUUAUAAAUAUAGGGAUGUUAUGUAAGGAAAAAAUACUAUAGUUCCUAGUCUGAAGUUCUUCUUAAGCCAUGUCAUCCUCACAAAUCUUUCUUGACCAAAACAAAGAGACAUCUAUUUUCUGUUCUUCCCCAAGAGGGGAGAAAUGCUGCCCUAGUGUGCAGGAGACAGUGUCCUGCUGGCAGCCUGGGUUGGCCCUGGCCCUGAGGAACUCACGGACCAGUCUAUAACCUGAGCAUGUGGUGAGGCAGAAAGAAGGGCCUCAGCAGCUCAGCAAGAGAGCUUGAGCAGAAACUUUACGUUGGCUUCUGAAGCUGAUGAACAUAAAGUGUACUUAUUCCUCAAACUCUAUUAGAACUGUAAACAUUUAAGACUACCAGUACUAAUGUAAGGAAAAUACUUAAAAGACCUGAAACCCAUAGUUAUACAAGUGGGCAGAAAUUGAUGUAGUAAUUUAUUUAUAACUGUUAUGAGUUCACUUUCAUUUGUGGAUAUGAACAGUAUUUACCAUGUUAUAUUGUCCAUAUAAAGAGAUCCAUGACUAUUUUGAAGUCAUUUUCAGAUACUUGUAAAAAUAAGACUUCCCUAAUAUUUUGAUUUUGAAGAAGAAAAGCAAUUCUUCUUUGCCAUUCCUCUGAGAAUAAAACACUGUUCCACAGGUUUGCAUGGAUUGCACACACAAGCAUAAAUAGAAAAGGCGGAAAUAAGGUCCUUUGAUUAUUAAAGGUUGAUGGAAUAAUCUUUGCCUCAUCCUCUAAUUCACCAAUGGAAAGUAAGUGUAAGGUUCUAGCAGGGUGGUCAGGAAACCUCUUCCUCAGCAUUCGUCCAGUUCAUACCCGGUGUAUGGUAGGAUUUGUGAACUGGGUUUCUUCCAACCAUCAUUCUCUUCAUGAACCAAUUCCUUAGUUUGACCCUUCUGCUCUUGGCCUUUGCUGGAAGCAGUAAACUUGAGUAUAUCACGUGUCGAUUCAGUGAUCUGGAUCUCUCUGUCUCUUUUCCUUCUCUUAUUCAUUUGAGUGGUGGUACCUUAUUCUGUGAGAAUAAUGCUCAUGGGGAACAGCUUCUGGCACCUUCAUAAAAUACCUCAGCAUAGCUUAGCAUUGUUACAGAACUGGUUUUAGACUGAAAAACCAAAUAAGUAUAAGAAAAAAUCUUUAUAAAUAGUGGAAAUAAUUCUAGCUGUAGUAUUUAGUUGAACUAAUGUUUAUUAUGAUUGUUAAACAUGAUUGAUGCUGUAUGUAUUUGGGGUCCUGUUUAUAGAGUUAGGGAGGGUUGGGUUGGGAGAAAGGAGAAAUUGAUUAUGUUAGAAGGAAAAUAUUGCUUGUGUGUAUUUGUUUUUCUUUAUAUCUGUCUUGCCAAAGGAAACUUGAUAUUCCCUAUGAAUGGGUUGGGGGUUUGAGGCCUCUCUGUGAUCUGAUAUGCAGCACAGUAUGCAGAACCAUGCAGGUGAUGUGUGGGGUGUCCAGUGGGUUCAGGAUGCCCAGGCACAGGUUACAACCCUCCCUGUCUGUGGCUGUCAUGCCCUUGCCCCAAGACCUGCCAGGCUCUCCUGACGAUCCAUUACCUCUGUGCAUAGCUAAAGCUUAGGCAAAGGAAGAGUGUGCACGUGUCCAGGUGUGCAGAUGAAAAGACAGAUAUGAACGUGAACCCGAGGAAUGGAGCGGUGAGUGAUGUAUCUUGAGCUCGGAAAAUUAACAUGAAAUGAGUCAUCUUUUGUCAUGUUAGUGAUUGCUGUGCUAGUAGUAGCCCAACAUUUUUAAAACUUUAUUUCCUUUUCUUAUACCAAGGAUAAUUUUGUCUAGACCAAAACACAAAAGAAAACCAAGCCAAGAAGUUGAAAGCUAACACAAGUCAAAAGCUAACCCUACCCUGUACUAAGGUGGGGCAUUUAAGGACUGGGUGAUGAGAUGGAAGAAGAGUUGUUCUUCCUUUUGGGAAAUGUGAAUAAGAAAUUAUGUUGGUUUAGGAAAAAAUUAAAAACCUUUCUGCCCUUGUUCUGUCUGGGACAGACUUUCUUAGCUCCCUGAGUUCUAAUGUAAACUAUAUCUCAAGAACUAAUUUUUUAUCUCACAGAACUUGAGUGGGAUUUGAUUUUGAUACCAAAGACAACUGCUAAACCAUUGCUUCUCAAGUUUUCCAGACACUCAAAGGCCAUAGAGCAAACACUGAGGUUGGAAAGCUUCGUCUCGUCUCUGUUCUCCCCAUCGGCCUCACCCCUUCCUCACUUUUGGAAGAUGUCUUUUUGGUUACUCUAGCUUUGGGAAGAGAUUGGUUUUGUUCCUCCCUGCUGCUCGGUUGAGAUUGGUAGAGUUUGCUCAGCAUAACACUGAUACUCUGACUGAGAAAGAAACUUGGAGUGCAAAAAAUAGUAGUAGAACUUUUACUUACCUUUAUCUAGUUCAUACAAAUAAAACUAGGCCAUCCAACCUGUUGGAGUACCAGUCAGGAUUUAGUUAGGAAGAGCAGACUACAGCCGAAUGACAUCUCCUUCCUCUCCUGUAGAGCUGUUUUUGCUGCACAGUGUGUUAGGAUACGGCUGCUGGGAGGCUAAGAGGCUUCUUAUGUCGGCAGGCUUUAGAUAAACAGACAGUGAGAGAGGAAAGACCAACAACCAUGAUCAGGUUGCUAAAUUUCAUGAAAGCUUUACUUGUUAUCAUUCUGACAUUAUGUAAGUAGUGUUAGUGCUGUGUGGUUUUUUCUAAGCGUUAGGUAGGUUUGUAUGGUAUAGGGAUAUUGAAGAUAAGAGCACGGAAACAAAUGCUGUGAGAAGCAGUGUGUGGGUCGUGAACACCAUUUCAGCUGUGAAAGGGACGCUCCCAGGUUCAGGGAGGGAAACAGUUUGUGAUCUUUCUGCAUCCCUCAGUCUGCCCACGCUGCACAGAGCUCUACCACCCUUGCCACGUCCUGGUUCAAAUCCAGAACCCUGUCAGAAAGUUAAGAAACUUUCCAAACUAAUGUACCGGAGGAGGGAGGAGCUGAGGUCCGCUGCAAAGUUGUUCAUCACUGCAACAGCCACAACCUCACAAAAGCAGCUAGAAGCUUCUUUGCUAAAUUGGCAAUGCUAUUGAUCACUACAUCCCAAGGUCUGCAGGCAGCUGGUGACAGUGCAGUUCCAACAGUGCAGCAUCUGCAUGGGAGAUCUUUAUGUGAUCUUGUUAGAGAAAAAGUAGACAGCCAAUGCCCAUCCAUCCCAGAGAGUGUCUAAGAACUACAGGAGGAAACAAAAUGUUCUCACACGGGUGUGACAGUGUCUCUGAGGAGCACUGUGAUAGGCUGGGUGGGUUCCAUUCCUACAUGAGUCUGCAGAAGGCACGUGUUGUUUGUAAGAGUGACAUGAACUAGUUAGUGCUAGCCUGGUUAGAUUUAAAGUUGCAAACUGUGGGAGUGGGGGUAGUGUGUUCAACAAGACUGACCAUAUUACAACAUUGACUUUCUACAAUAUAGAUGGUAAAUGGUGAGAGGAAGACUUCUUCCCACUGCUUACCUCUGCUUCCAUGGGAAUGUGUGCAUUACUCAGUCCACAGGAGGGCUCACUGAGGGAAGUGUCCUGCCCCUAGAGUGGCCCUCAGCCAUUGCUCUCCUCUGUGGUAGUGAAGGCUAGGUGAGUAAGAGUGGGGGUUUCUGCCCACCACCUGUCCAGGAGCUGUCGUAUACCUCAUUUCUAACUCUAACUCGCUUUAACUUCCUCUCAACCCUACAGAGUUGCCAAGUCUGCCCUCCCUCUUCUCAGCAACAUUAAACUCUGGCCUAUAGCAUCAUAAGACCUGUCGCCUGGGGUGGGACUGUCCCGCCCCACCCCACCCCAAAGCCUCUGAAUGUCUCUGCUUUUAAGCUACUAGAAACUGAGGGCAAAUUGCAAUCUCCUGUUUGUCUUUGUUGCUAGGGGUCCUCACAGGUUUUUUACCAUGUCCCCACCACCUUGCCUUCAAGGAUGGCCAGCUCUCCUCUCCCCAUCCACCCUGUAUUUCAAAGUGCUGGAUAGACAGCAGCUUCUGUCCUUGCUUUUCCAAGUGGUCUCAAGGCUGACCUUUCCCUUCUGAAGCCUUGGGGCUCUGCUCAUUGCCAGGACUUGGUAGAAAGGACACGAAGGUUCAUUUAAGCUGACCUAAGCUACACAUUUCACUUGUUUCCCGUGUGACAUGACCAAAAAGAAUUCCAAAUAUUUAAGUUUAUUAUUAAUAUAUUAUAAUAAUAGUUAUUAUUAUUUGACAAUCUUAUAUCCGACGGGCUUUCUGGAAGCUGCUUCUCCGGCCCUUUCAACGUUUUCUUUGAAUGUAGUUCUUAACUUGCAAUUUCCACCCCCAAAGUUGGAGGGGGGGAAAGCUCAGCCAGGUCAGGUCAUAAUACUGCUGCUAUAAGCCAGGGGAGGGUGGUUUCUUUGAUUUGUUUUGUUUUUCCAUUUCCAGCCAAAACCAAAGAUUUCUUAAUGAUUGUAUAAACUCAAAACAAACAAAAAAACCAAAGAAAAGGGAAGUCUUCGGCCCCAAUGCAGUCUGUGGCGUCCUGGCACUUGGAGGCAUGCCAAAGGGUAGGUGGGGACACCUGGCCAGCUCAGAGGGGCAGGCAAGUCUUUUCUAAGUUGAGAGAUUCAUUCAGAUGCAUGCCCAGGAGUUUUGGCCCUUGCUCACUUCUGAGUAGAGCAUGCAUGAAAGAAAUUGGAACAUCAGAUUUUUCAAAAGUCCCAUCCUCACCACAACUCAUGUGACAGCAGCCAGGGUCAUCACCAGAGCUGAGCACAGGGCCUUAGAGCUGGGAGCUGCUACUGGGUGGCCAUGGACUCCACAGAGUGGGGAUGCUGAAGACGCUGGCACAGGAUUGGCUACUCUGCUGGGUGCUUUCACCUUUGGGGCGGGCUCUUAACCCAAGGGUCCUUGUGAGUUCUGAACCUUCUCUCUCUCUUCUGUUCCCGAACUGCACUGCUUGGAAGUGGCUGUCCUGUUUGUGAGGAAACAUGCAGAACAAUUGUCAAACUUUUUUUUAAUCUUGUUUCUAGUUUUGUUUCCUUUUGCAGCACCACUGUGCAACUAUGCAUUGUAUUUCAUAACCUUUGUGCUAGGUAGACGCCUGUGACUUUUUAACUUGGGGGUGGGUGGGUUGCGGGUUGCAAAUGAAGGAAAUUUUUACAUGGAUCUUUUUAAUCUCAGUUGAUUGGGGGAGGGGGGUUUUGGUUCUAGGGUCAUACAAGCUCUAUCCCAAAGCAAAAUCCAAAUGUUAAUAAUACUAGCCUGAUGCAGAUACCAAAGACAAUUUCUUUCCUGCAGAACCUUAGACUUGUGUACUAAGUACGAUUAUCCGGCACUUGCAUUAGUCUAACCUCAGUAAUUCCAAAGCUUAGAUGUAUAUUUUGGUAUAUUUCCAGGAUAUUAAAAAAAAUGUCGUUUAACUUCUUGUUUGUUUCAGUGUAAUGCUCUUAAAGUCAUCGCAUGAAAUAACUGCGCUGUCCUAUUCUUGGUAGUUUGAAAUAAUAGUAUUUUUGUAUGUUUUGGGUGUGUCUGUAUGUAUUAACAUAACAGUUUUCACUGCCUAGGUGUUCAUAUAAAAGUGAGAGGUUCUGAGUGUACAUACUAUUAAAUAACAAUCUCUACCAGUGUCCACGGAGUGUCUGGAGGCACUGAUGACUGCCCAGCUGGGAUCUGGUUUUAAAGAGACGGUGAUUGUGUUUUCUAAAGAUGUUUGCUUCUGUCUUUAAAUAUCUUAACUUCCCCACUUGUUUUUUCCUACUUUUUUAAUUACUAUUGAUUCAGGGGUGUUUUUCCACUGUUGUCAAGGGAGGAACACAAGGGAACUGGCACCUUGGCCUCCCAAAAUAUGUUAUUUUAUGUAUUUUAAAAUGUGAGUUUUGAGUUCUUCUUUGUGGAAACUUACAACAUGAUGUACAUGAUUCUUUCCGGAGUUGCCCAGCAGCUUUAAUGAGGCAGCAGCAGCAGCCGUUCCUGGGUAGUUUAUUGGGUGUCCUCUGACAUUUCUCCUUAAGAUGAAUUUGCAGUCUGGGUGGCUAUUGUGUAGCCUCACUGCCCCAGAACGUCUGUAGCCAUUUCCCCUUCAAUGGGGAUAUUUUAUAAGAUUCAGCUGAUAGCUCGGAGCACUGGCCCUGUUAUCUGUGCCCAUGGGAAAUGUGUUUUUCUUGAUUUGGAAAACCUGAAACCCAAACACUUCUACUAACUGGGCAUAGCAGAUAGCUCCUGAGGCCUGGGGAAGUGGUGACUGUGAGAGGUGCUGUCUCUUUAAAAAAAAAAGUGCCCUUUUUGUGAGCCCCUCCGGGGAUCACCAGAGGGCGGGGCUUGGGAGAGAUUGUGUGGGCGCCAGUGAAUCAGAGUGAAAUGCUGGGUUUUAUGUAGAUGCAUUUGUCUGCUGUAAUUUUUUAUAUAUAUUAAACUUACUGUAACUGUACAGUUCCCAUUUCUGUUGUAAAACAUUAAACCAUUUUCCAAGUGUUUUCA